GAAAUUACCCGCAGUCAAUAGGAGGUGCUAUCUACAACAUUGACGCAUUGAAUGCCACCAACACCAUCCACAACGGUAACUUUAUCAAAUACGAUAAUGUGAUCCUGUCAUCUUUCACAGGAGGUGCUAUCUACAACAUUGACGCAUUGAAUGCCACCAACACCAUCCACAACGUUAACUUUAUCAAAUACGAUAAU